GUCUCCGGGCGGCGAGAGCUGGUGAAGCGGACUCCCUCUCCCCGCGGCUGUUAUUUAGUAGUUUCUGGGUAUGGAGGAUGGGUGAUAAGGAGCUGGAGAAAUUCCGGCUGCGGUGGAGAGAAGAGAUUAGGGAGCGGAACCGGCGCGGGAAGGCGACCUGCGGCGAAAGGAGCAGCAAAAAGCGGCGCCAGCAGCGCGAGCCGGGGCCCGGUGACCAUGGAGACGGGGAGGGAGUGGAGGGGCCGAGCGGUCGGCAGCGAGCAGCCGAUGACUAUUUCUACCUGGCCGAAAGCCUGCUGGAGGGCCGGAUCAGCCCGCUCAGGGAGCGCCUGGAAGAUGAGCGAUGCGGCGGAGGGACUGAGACCGGGUCCGAGGCUCGGGGAGGGCCCCAGGGCCAAUCCGCUCAGGCCCCCGGCCACAAGGAGAACCUGCUCGAUCAGCUCAUCAAUGACUUGAAUGAAAUAAAUGAAAUCCCAUUUUUUGAUAUUGACCUUCCUUAUGAGCUAGCACUGAAAAUAUUUGCAUAUCUUGGCAAAACUGAACUUGGAAGAUGUGCUCAGAUCCUUCAUCUUGGCACCUUAGGAGAGAAUAAGUGCACCAGCCCUCUCCAUAAAGUGCAUUACAAACAGUCGGAGCAGGUGAGUAAAGCCUGGAAAGUUAUUGCGGAAGAUGAAGUGCUUUGGUACAAGCAUUGCUUGAAAGCAGGCUACCAGGUGAAGGCAGACAUUGGCGACUUCAUAUGCUGGAAGGCUGUUAUGCGAGAUUCCAUGAAGAAAGAACAAACGUUACAAGCCAACUGGAAGAACCGUAUUGGAGCUGCAAGCCAGUUGCAAUAUGAUGAGGGAGGAAUAUUAUGUGAGGCACACUCAUGCAAUGGAUUGGUAGUUUCUGGAUACACAUCAGGAGAUGUGAGAAUGUGGGACAUAAGCACCUGGGACAGCAGUGCCUUGUAUCUGGAAACGUCACAGAGCUCUGCAGAACUUGGACCACGGCCACCCGUCUCUUUUGUGAGGAUAAAUAGCACCAUAGCAGUGGCGGCUUACAAGGGCGGUGCUGUUGAUGUGUGGAGCACAGUUCUUGCACGGGAACCAGUCCAUCAUUAUCAGCAUAGCCAGGAGAUACAGGCGAUAGCAACGGCAUCAGACAGUGCAGUAAUUGCAUCUUGCUCAGGUUAUCAAGUAAGAUUGGAAUCCUGUGAUGAGAAAGGAUAUUGGAGGAAGGCACAGCAGUAUGAACUCCAAAAACUGGUUAGCUAUCUUCAACUUGUUCCAGGUGCUCCUCUAAAUACAGCAGUAGCAGCGGCUGAAGAUACUGUUUACUUACUCAACCCUGAUGCAGAACCAAAGGCACUUCACUCCAUCUAUGGAAAUACAGUGACCUGCCUGGAUGUGUCCGCUAAUCAGCUUGCCUGUGGUGUCAAAAGUUUUGGUUGGAUAAUUAGCCACGGCAACAAGAUCCAAGUUUAUUGUCUACAGACAGCUCAACCAAUAGCAACACUGGGAAACUCUGCAGGAGACUUCACUUGUGUGAACCUAAAGGAUAGUCCUCCUUUUCUAGCUGUUACUGGAAACAAAGACAGGAGGGUGAGAGUAUAUGACCUUCGGACAAGUAAAGAAGUGAUAUCGCUCUAUGGCCAUCAACUGGGCGUGUCAUCAGUACAGAUGGAUGAUUGGAAGAUAGUCAGUGGUGGUGAAGAGGGAUUGGUCUGUGUGUGGGAACAACGAAUGGGAACUAAACUCUGGGAAAUGCACUCGAGACAUCCCGUCCGACACCUACGUUUUGGUGCACAUACGCUGGUCACUGCAAAUAUUCCUAAUGAGAAAUAUCCAAGAGGAGCCAGUAUCAUGGAUGAUGAUUUAACAGCUCAUCGGAGGCAUCGAGGAAUUAUUUAUGUCUAUGACUUCUCUGUUGAUAAAUCAGCUCCUGUCUUACCAAUCUGUCGUUCUACCUAUGAUGAAGAUGUUGGCUACAGUUACAACAUCGCACUUUCGAUGCCUUAUGACCAAAUCAAGUGAAUAUCGUCACUUCAUGAAUAUAUUGGUUUUAUUACAGUCAUAUAGUAAUUCUGGAAGUAUGCUUGUAAUUAACCUACACUUUUGGAUGUAAGAAUAUAAUACUUCUCAGGAGAGGUCAAAGGAGGCAUGCAGGGCAUUGGAUAGACAAAUGAACCAGAAAUGACCCUUCGUCCUGAAAUUCCUCAACAAAUUAUCACCAAACUUUGAAGAAAAAAUAACAAAUAAUCAUUUUUAGCCAUGCUUCCGUGGCUGUUCCAAUUUUUCACCUAAAUCACAAUGGGACAUCUGUCCUCACCUUUAAAUGUUUUUAUUUCUUUUCAUUUCUCUUUGUUUCUGAUGAUAAUUUGGAUUAGAGAAACUGAUUACAUGUAUGGUAAAAUGAGGACAGACACUUUGACUUCACAUUCAGUUACAUAAUUCGCAGGAUGGUCCAUUGUAUAUAGAUAAUGCAGAGAAAGCAGAAGAUGUACGAUUUGUGGAAAACACUUUAUUAUUU